UGACAUGUUUUGUGUUGAUGUGUAUUUGCUUUAUGUUAUAAAUUAAUGUAAAUUUGAGUUCAUUUAAUUUAAAAAACAAUUGUGAUAUACAGAAGUCAAUAUUCAUAAUUUAUGUAUAAAGUUAAGGGGUUCUUUAAGUAAGGAUUACGUUGAUAAAGAGGUGUCAAAUGACCCGGUUCAGUUUAGAGCGGAUUUGCGUCAUUUGGGUCAGAAGAACUAAAAUGGAUGCAGAGAAACGACAGGUAGUCUGUCAAAGAAAUUCUUAAUCUGCAUGGUUUGAGAGGCGAACACGUUUUCACGGUGUCUACAGUGUCUAUUCUAAAGAGAGAGAGAGUGAAUAAACAACAAAAGACAUCUGUAUGAAGCGUGGCCUUUAUUCUGUCAGACCAGUGCAGUUAAAGUGAAAACGUAACGCCAUUGCACGCCGACACGCUUACGAGAGGAACGGCAUCGGCUGAAUGAGAAGAGGAAACGAGAGCACGGGCGCAUCGUACAAAGAGACGUUGGAUACGAAGUAAAGAAAAACAUUUGUAUAUAUUGUUUGAUUUAACAGCCUAAUUUGUUGCAUAUGCCUUACAAUUGACGUAUUGUUGAACAGAUACACGUUUUUUCUAUCUGUAGUAGUUCAGUAACACUAAAGUGUUUUGUUAAAACUUUGAAAUGUCAGUUUAUGGAGAAAAAUCUCAAUAUGAUGAAUCAAAUCAGCAAAUUGAGUCCCUUCAGGCAGAGUUGACUAGUUUAAAUGAACAGUUAAUAUUUCAAAGUGAUGAUGAUACUGAAAGGGAAAGAUUAGAGUCACUCAUAGCUGAUAUUCAUGCUAAAAUACAGUCACUUCAAAUAGCAAAACCUACUGCUUCCAUUUCAAGAAGAGAUGAAUCCAGGAAAUCUUCACGGGAGAGAAAAUUAACUCCAAAAAUGCAAGAGCUCAAGCAGCAAGACAUUUCUCUAAAGGAGAGUAAAUUCUUCAAGUUGUAUGAAAGCUGGAAAGAACAAGUAAGAAUUACACGUACCAAACUUAAGGAUGAGUGCUCUGACCAAGACUUGGGUGACAUGAUGGAAACUGUUGAAGGGCUGGAAACUCAAGUAAAAAAUGUGUACGAACUUAUACGAUCUCAAUCACUACCUUCAACUGAGAUUAGAAGAAAAAUUGAUUCCUGUACAGCAGUAACAACCGAUUUGAUGGGGCUAAUGAAAGUACGUAUGAGUGAAGUAGGGCAGGAGGAAUUUGAAGCUAGUGCAGAAGAUGCAAGAAUUCGUAUGGUGCUUGACAAAGAUUAUGCUAAGUCAAUCUUUUCAGCUACAAGCUCCAAGUCUACUAUUCGUAGUCACCAUUCAAGCUGCUCAUCAGAACAGCAAAGCAUCUCGGCAAAAAGAGCAGAGUUUGCCGCACAGUUAGCUGCAAAGCAGGCAGAGAUAAAAAUGGAGGAGGCUAUUGCUGCUCAAAGACAAGAACUUAAAAGAUUGGAAAAUGAGCGAGAUCUUCAAGUAAUAGCUGCAAAGCUCAAAGCAUACUCUGAAGCUGACUCAGGUGAGUCCAAUAACGAAAGAAUAAAAGCAUGCUAUGAGGUGACUCCUCCAGUAGCCUUUAAGGAAGUUAAAGAGGAACAAACUACCCAUUUUGAUAAGGAAACCUCAGUAGUACAAGCCUUACAUGACACAAUGGUUCUCAGCAGACUUCCUGCACCUGAGCCCUCCGUUUUCUCAGGAGACCCACUUAAGUUCUUAGAAUGGAGAACAAGUUUCAAGGCAUUGAUAGAACAGCGAUGCACAAAUUCAGCUGAUAAGUUGUUCUAUCUACAAAAAUAUAUCAGUGGUGAGGCACAAUCUGUAUUGGAAGGAAGCUUCUACAGAAAGGACGAUGAAGCCUAUGGUCAAGCUUGGGAAGCAUUGAAUUCUCGGUACGGCCAUCCGUUUGCAAUUCAGUGUGCUUUUAGAGAAAAACUGAAUAACUGGCCAAAGAUUGGUUCAAGAGAAUCAGUUAAACUGAGAGAGUUAAGUGACUUUCUGACUGCCUGCAGCAAUGCCAUGCCACACAUCAAAGGGCUUCAGAUGUUAAAUGACUGUGAAGAGAAUAGAAAAAUGCUACAAAAACUCCCUGAUUGGGUGACGUCUCGUUGGAAUCGCCAUGUUACAAUGCAGUUGAGAAAAAAGGAGGAAUACCCUAAUUUCAAAGAGUUUGCUGAAUUUCUGGCACAAGAAGCAUAA